UUUCGGGGAGAGGGUCGCUUGCGUUUAUGUCGCGCCCUUUUAGUCCUCAAGAAAUCGCUAAGUGUUUUACAGCCAUUUAAAAGUUGGUACAAAUUGGACCAAAUUUUGUGGUCGUCAGUGAAGCAAUUGUGUUCAGUGCUGGCCUCAAGAAAAAAAAAACUACCUCCUUAACGAUAUAGUGAUCCUUGUGGAUUGUUUUUGAUGAGAAUUUAAAUCUGGUGCCAAGUCUAGCGGUUGAACUCUUGGCUGACAGCAGCAGUUGUGUCUGCAAGCAGAUAGCAGCCAAUUAAAUACUCUCACACCGCAAUCCAGGAAAUUAAAAGUACUUAAUAUUGUUCAGUUUUAAUUUGCGGCGAGUGGAGUAUCGAUGUUUUCCUAAUCAACCUGUUCGGAGAUGUUACUAUACACCUUCGGAGCAGAUGGGACUUGACCGCCACCUCGGUCUGAAGUAGGGAUCAUAUCCUGGCACCAUAAGAGCCCUGGCGAAAUAGACUUUUACCAUUGGAUUGGUGCCAGCUGGUAACAUUUUUGCGUCUUGAGUUAAAAAGUUAUGGACUCAAGUUGUAAAAACAUUAAAAAUGGAUCCAGAUAGUGAAAAAGAAGUAACAGAGCCUGACAAUGAUGACACAUCAAGCACUGAAGAUCUUGAGCUUGAAAAUAAAAACAACUUUCUGACCAGUGUGCUAACAGGAGAUACUGAGAGCUUACGCAAGUGUUUUGAACUUGUGGAUGAUCCAACCCUCGAGAUAGCAAACAGAUGGCUAAAUAUAUGUGAUGACUUCGGCCGAAAUGCUCUCUUUGCAGCCUCUAUGUUGGGACAUCAUGAAGUUAUUAAUGAGUUGGUGACACGAGGAGCAAAUGUCAAUGAGAAAACCAAUAGAGGUUACACUCCCUUACAUUGCGCAGCUGCCUGGGGGAAAAUAGACAGCCUAAAAACUUUGGUGGCCUUCGGUGCCAAUGUUCAAGAAACCAACUUUAGAGGUGAAAAGGCACGAGACAUAGCUAAUCGAUAUUCGAACGGUGACUGCAUAGAGUUUUUAGAAUGGGCAGAGGCCAAACUGAUUUUAGAGCUGUAUAUUACUAACAUUCAGGAAACUGUUGCCGAUCUUGAAAAGUCACAGGGCAAGCUGUCAAAGCAAGAUAAGACUGCUUUUACAAAUGCUUGCCGUGCAAAAUCUGAAUGGCUGAAUUCAGCACAGAAUGCUACAACACAGGAUUUUGAAGAGCAAAAGAAAAAUUUGGAAAUGACUCUGGAACCAUUCAUUGUCAAACUUAGAACACCAUCUCCACUGCCUUCAAAAUCCUCUAAAUCAUAACAGCAUCUUUUACAGUUGGCUUAAUACUACACUCAAAAUGGAAGAUUUCAGAGUUACUAGAUUUUAGAACUUUUUCAACUUGUACUACUUUAUGGUUUCAGUAUUAUUAUUGCAUUUGAUUAGAUUGCUUAAUGUGGAAACUGUAAUUUUUUUAUUUAGUUAAAUUACAGGAAAUAUUGCCUGACCAAUUAAUUGAUGUUAAUGUUAACAAGGUUGGUAUUCACAAACAUACCAAUGUUUAAUAGUUGUACCCAUCUUAUUGUUUUAUGUUUCAAAAAAGUGAUUAAAGGUAGCCUUCAUAUUUCAUUCACACAUGACAUUAAGUUUCACUAAAGUUAUUGCAUGAAUGAAAAAUCUGCUUGGUUAAUAUCAGAGCAUAACAAGUUACUUAACCCAUGUGGCCUAUCGUCAUGCAUCCAUCUAGAGUAAUCUAACACUUCCCCUACUGCUGCUGCAUCCAAUUGCAUCAUAGUUUCUCAAUUUUUAUCUAAAUCUUGUACUCAAAGUGUAUUCCAAGUAUUGAUUAAAUUCUUUAAAUAACCUCCUAAAUUUCUCCUUCAUUACUCAGCAAUCUGAACCUGUCACAAUAUUCAAGGUUGACUGGAACUUGAAUAUUCCAGUCAAGUUCUGAUCAAAGCAAUGUACAAUUUGAAUACAAUAAUAAUAUGUCGCCAACAUAUCUUUCUGUAUACAAUAUUUUUAUACUUUAAUGCGUGGGCUUAAAAAUUUAAGAGCAUUUUUUUUCUCCUCCCAUUUUUGUCAGUAGUGGCUCUCAUAUGGACACUAGCUGCCAUUAAAGUGCCAUAAUUAAUAGAUGAAGAUGUUAACACCAAUGGAUUAACAUAUGCUUCCCAUUAACAGUGGAUUGUACAGCCUGUUUACUACUGAUGUACCUUGAAAGUAUUACAAAAAUAAAUGUUGAAAAGUGGCACACAAAGCAUUCUGAUGCCCUUUUUUCAGACGUCAUAACAUAGGUAGACAAAAUAUAAAAUUUAAAGACUGUACUGAUAAAUGCAGAUAUUACAUUCUUAUGAUAGAAACAUACUUCAAAACAGUUGAUUUUUGUAAAACUAUUGAAACUUUCCAGCGGAAAGUCUAAGUAAGAUUUAAACUGAUUAUAUCCAAAUAUUUCCAGACAUAAAUUAAUUUUAAUCAUGUCACAGCCUUCUGUGAGUUGUCGUUUUUGCACUGAAUUUUAUAGUCACUGGCAUCUCAGCUUUCAGAAUACUUGUCCCUAUAUAGACUUUCAAUGGAUUUUUGCACUGGAAGUUCCAGUCAGCCAGCCAUCCUUAAAAGUGCUCUGCCCUCUACAGGGCACCUGUAUCUGCAUGAACAUAACAAUUGUUUAUUUGCUGAAGCGAUUAGGUUGAAAUAUCAUGCAUAUGUAACAGUUUGGACCAAAG